AUGGACAUGAAAUUAAGUAUUACAGCAAUUGUUUUAUCCUUUGCAACGCUUGGAAUAGCUCAACCUAAUAUCUUUGAUAUAAAAUCAUUUGGAGGAGCCUCUAAUGCAGAUAUAACAAUGGCCUUUACAAAUGCUUGGAAAGCAGCAUGUGGAUCAACAACUGCAAGCAAAGUUAUUAUUCCAAGAGGGAUAUACAAGAUACAUGCUGUAGAUGUAAAAGGUCCUUGUAAGGCUCCCAUUGAAGUUCAAGUUGAUGGCACAAUUCAAGCCUCACAAAACCCUGAUGAGCUUAAUGAUGCUUCUUAUCAAUGGGUUAAAUUUGGAUAUGUUGACUAUUUUACCUUAUCAGGUAAAGGUGUUUUUGAUGGUAAUGGUGAAACUGCUUGGACACAAAAUGAUUGUGGAAAAAACUCCACAUGCAAGAGACGUUCCAUGAACUUUGGUUUUAAUUUCCUAAAGCUUUCAAUUGUUCAAGACAUAAUUUCAAAAGACAGCAAAAACUUUCAUGUCAAUGUUUUGGGUUGCACCAACUUCACAUUUGAUGGUUUAACCAUAACUGCUCCAGCUACAAGCAAAAACACUGAUGGAAUACACAUUGGAAGAUCAACUGAUGAUGUGAAAGUUCUCAACACAAACAUUUCUACUGGAGAUGAUUGUAUCUCAUUGGGACAAGGAAGCAGACAAAUAACAGUCCAAAAUGUGAAUUGUGGACCUGGUCAUGGAAUUAGUGUCGGAAGCUUAGGAAAGAAUCCAAAAGAAGAAGCCACUGAACAUGUUCUAGUCAAGAAUUGCACCAUCUCAAAUACUGACAAUGGUGUGAGGAUCAAGACGUGGCCUAGUUCUCCGGGAACGUCACCGAUUACUGAUAUGCAUUUUGAAGAUACUAUCAUGGUUAAUGUCCUAAACCCAGUGAUCAUUGACCAAGAGUAUUGUCCUUGGAAUCAAUGCUCAAAACAGGUUCCAUCAAAAAUAAAGAUUAGCAAAGUGAUCUUCAAGAACAUCAGGGGCACAACAACUGCAGCAGCAGUUUAGCGUAAUUGGUGGACACAAAGUUCUCCAUUCUCCAUUUUAAGUUU